UGUAAGCAAGCGCAUGAUCGAGAUAAUCUUCAUUGGGGAAAGCAUAAACGCAGCCACGUCCAAUACGUAGGACACACGGGAACUCGACGUGAAUGAAUAUGUAAACACUUAGAUUCGCGGAGAGCCCCGUGUUGGACAAAGUGGGAAGGUGCUUCGUUUUGUUGGACAUGCACUUGAAGAUAUUGAACGUCAAAAGUUUGAACUUCUAGCAAGAAGCCAGGAUUAUUUUCACAAACUAUAACAGUGAGUUGUGUGAUUUACUUUUCUAUCUAUGCUAUAACACUGACUGAUAUAUUUCGGACAAUGUAAUGAAAUAUUUUGUGUUAAAAGGCUGUGGUGGAUGUUUUGGACGAUAUAAUGAAAUUUUCUGUCACUGACAACGAAUCUGUCUCCAGAAGAAGACGGACGCAAAGUGCGAGAUCACCGAAAAGUGUUGUGUUGAAUAACGACGGCAGAGACAGGCAAGGAAGAUCGGCUCUGAUCCGCCCCAGGACACCAGGACACGUCACCAUGCCAACAACGGCUUACAGAAAGUCGGUGUCUGAGACUAAGGAGAGAGUAGACCUGCUCGGAGUGACUCCGGUUGGUGAUGUUAACGGAAGCAGAGUCAGACUCAUCUCUGAAAGCAGCAACGCGUCAACGAGGACCAGAACACUUUCAGAGCCUAAACCUAACAUUCUGCCCUCGGUAACGCGUUCAAGACCACCGGACGAUGUUCACACAAAGAAACCCGGUGUUGCGGGAAGAAAAUAUUCGAAAGAUUUGAGACACAGAUCUGAGAGUUUGUCGUCUGAUUCGACAGACGGUUCGAGACGAUCGGUUUCACUGUGUGUGCAGUCGUCUGCUUGGGAUGCGUUCGACGACCACGUCAAGAACAUCAACGACUCCACGGAUUAUUACACGAAGCAGCAGAAAGUCUCCUUCAGGUCCAGCGACACGUUUCAGAAAACGAUGCUAGAUCUGUACGGCAAGUCAGACUACGGCAAAUCGAAAGGACUCUCCAAGUUUCGAGCCAAACUUGGAACCAUAGCAUCCUUGACAAAUCGCUUUUCGAAAGCAUGUAACAAUAAAAUGAAUGUGACGAAUGGUGAUUCGGAGUUAUCCGAGGACCAGAGUGACUAUGAAACGCCCAGUAAGAGGACGAUUGAGAAUGCUCAGCGAGGCUGGAGGAUUCUGAGGCGACACGUGCAGGACAUGGUUGCUCAAAAGAAGAACAGCGCCGCCUCGCUGAACUGGUCGAUGUUGAAGCAGACGAUGAGAGGCAUGAGCGACAUGGAGAAGACCCGGAUUGACCUGUACAAACGUUACGGAAUCAUACCAACCGUCAACAGCGACGGGACCGUCAUCCAGGAAAACACGAUGCUCAGCGAACGCGCUCGCGCUCACGCGCAAAUGAUAGCCGCGAGCAAAGGUAGCGCGUUGUCUGCUUCUGUACCAAUCCGCAGAGUUCAGUCACACAGACCGCCAUCUUGGAAUCCGAGAAACAGUUAUAAAAGUAGUAUAAAUAAAGACUUUUAUAAACAAAGACGACCUAAAAGUUCGCAGAAUCCAUAAUGUGAAUAUUGUGAUUUAGAUUAAUAAUGUUUUUGUAUGCUGGUUUAAUAUGCACAUGAAAAAAACAUGUUUUCUCUCCUGUUUCAUAAGGGAUUACAUAAAAUGUUACACCUUU